AUAAUUCGGUGCGCGUUGGCAUAGAACUACAAAUCAAAAAAUGCACCGCUCCAUUACUUCCCCGUGUUUUCGGGUUCGGCUGUAAGUGGGGAAGCGGCAUGAUGUCAUGGUAAAAAAAAAAAAAAAAAAAAAAAAAAAAAAAAAAAAAAAAAAAAACCCGAAGGAAACUCUGCGAUUAUUGUGCAACACUGGAGCCGAAAUUCUGCCGAGAUUGCUGGCGUUGCAAGAUUGCCAGUAUCGUUUAUGUUAAAUCCCGGAAGAAAAGACUGCAUGCAUUUGGGAUAGAAGCAGUUGGGGUGAAUCCCGUCUUUGCUGAGUGUAAGCAUGGAGGAUUAUGACUACUUAUUCAAAAUUGUGCUGCUAGGAAAUGCUGGAGUGGGCAAAACCUGUCUCGUCCGACGCUUCACUCAGGGCCUGUUCCCCCCUGGACAAGGUGCCACCAUUGGAGUCGAUUUCAUGAUCAAAACUGUUGAAAUAAAAGGAGUAAAAGUAAAGCUGCAGAUCUGGGACACUGCCGGGCAAGAGAGGUUCCGCUCAAUCACCCAGAGUUACUACCGCAGUGCCAAUGCUCUCAUACUCACCUAUGACAUCACCUGUGAGGAUUCCUUCCGAUGCCUUCCGGAGUGGCUGCGGGAGAUCAAGCAGUAUGCCAACAACCAAGUGGUGACAGUCUUAGUAGGGAAUAAGAUAGACUUGGCUGAUAAGCGAGAAGUCCACCAGCAGCAGGUGGAGGAGUUUGCGGAGGCACAGAGAAUGCUCUAUCUGGAGACCUCUGCAAAAGAAUCGGACAACGUGGAGAAGCUCUUCCUGGACCUGGCCUGCAAACUGAUCUGCGAAGCCAAGCAAAACACGUUGGACAACAACUACUCCACCCCCAUGCCUGGAGAAGGGAAGAAAAUCAGUUACUUGAGUUGCUGCAGCAUGAACUAGUACAGUUGGCCACCCUAUCUGGCUGAGGAGGCAACAUGGAUUGCUUACAAAUUGGUUGUAUUGUUGGUGACCUCUACAUAGUGGCAGUGGUUACUCUUUGCCACUGUUGUUGAAGUCUACUUAAUUUUCCCCUGAAAUCCUGGGUGUUUUAACCGUAUUCACUGUAUUUCUGUAUUUUUCUAGUACCACAACUUAAUUCUCAUUUAUUAAUCUGUUAGUUUAUAACAGAUUAAUAAAUGCUUGCAUGGAAGUGUGGUUGUACUCGACAUAAUGCCAUGUCAUUUUAAAAAAAAUAAUAGCCAAACCCAAUGUGCCUCUGACAUAUUUCCAUCCUGUCGUCAUACAGUAAAAAAGUACCCAUGUGAAUCUCACAAAGAGCAUGUGCGGGUCAUAUUUCACCCAAAACAUCAAAAGGAAAAAAAUAAGAAAUUAUAUUUUACAUAAGGAAAGUGAGGCCUUUUAAAGACAAUUAAGCACAUUUCCACCCCAAAUUAACUGUAAUUUGAAGUCGACCAUUAUGUUUUUCAAUAGCAAAUGCUGAUAUCAAUACAGAUACUGAGCUAUCAGUUCUGUUAAUUGGUGGCAUGGUCAUCAUGCCAAAUCUAAAAAUUCCCAAAUAUCAACCAAGUAGCCUGUCUGGUCGAUAUGUCGGUCUAUCACUGACUGGUCGAUCACUGUUUGUAAUUCUCAUUAUUCUCAUUGAAGAUACUCAGUGAUGAUACCGUUGAUGAUAAUUAGAUUCUCAGUACUGUAAUACAGUUAUGAGAAUUACCCAGACACAAUGAUUUUGUUAAAUAAUGUUUUUUAUAUUUUUAUAUUACAAUCCUCAUUAAAGCAGUACAACAAAAUUCUACAAAGCAAUACUACAAACAUGGACAAAUACUUCUAACAUUUUAAUUAACAUGUAAAUAAUAUUUAAAUAAUUUGUUAUUGUUUUUCACAGUUACAAAUUAUUUUUACAAUUGAAAAUAAUUUCAUAAUGCAAAAUAUAAUUUCUUAUAUCCUUUUUGUUUUUGUUUUUUGGCUAUUUGAUUUUGGGUGGCCAAGCACUAUAUAUUAUCUUUAAAUGUUUUUGCAUUAGGCCAUUGUCUAAAAUGCUUAUUUCAUUCCAUAUUGAUAUUUUUUCCAAGAAUUUCUCAGAUUUAUUGUUGGAAAUAUUCUGUACUUUCACUUUUGCUGUAAGGUUGUUUGCACCUGUGUUAUUUUAAUGGAACUGUGAAACAUCUUUUAUAAACUUUCAGUAGUUUACUUGCUGCUUUAAGAGCAUUUUCCUGCAUUUUAUGUAUUUGUCCAUCAUUUUUUAACUAAAUGAAAUUGGAUGGAUUUUACACUGUUCUUUGUAAUAUUUGUGAAUUGUGAUUGAUUCAUCUGUUUCAUUUCUGAACAAAAUCCAGAUUUUCUAUUAACACAUUUUAUUUUAAAGUGAUAACAUUUUUUAGUUUUGUAUAAAAUGUUUUCUUUCUGUGUUACAUGAUUUGCCAUGCGCAGUAUUUUCUCAGUCAGUUAUUUUUGCCUAGCUUUGUUUUACAGAUACUUGCCAUAUUGUAACAUGUUGCAUUGUGUAACAAUGGCAUUUGCUAGGAUUAUUUGUUUUCUGUUAAAGGCCCUAAUUUCUAGUAUAGCAUUACUAAGUGCUUCUUUUGUCCAUUUUUGUCUGAAUGGACCAUGUUAAUAUCGGCAUUUCAUGAUAUGAAUUACAAUAUUUAGCAAGGAGUGCACGCACAACUGUAUUCCUUCACUUUUAUCCAAGUAGUUAAAUGUACAUUUGUUGUUUUCGGUAUGUGUGCUAUAUAAGUUGUAAUGCAUCUUGUGUAAUACAUGAAUCAUGACUAAAGAGCUGAACUACAUAACUGCAGCAAUUCAGUACUUCUAAGGCUUUUCGUUUGAGCAAUUCUACUUGUAUACUUUUUUUGUUUUUAUUCUCAAUAUAUAGACAGCAAGUUUUUUUCUCAAAAUAAACAUGGUUAUGACACUAAUUAUAAUGUCAUUGUAA